AGUUUUAGGCAAAACACGAACUUGCGGGAAACGUAGCAGGUACUUUUUGAGAGACACUUGCAAACGAUGAGGUUGUUCGUUUGUUUUUCCACUGCUCUUCUGCAAAUUUUAGCUUUGGAGCAUGCAUCCAUUGAAACAACCAGCGACCCCUUCCCAGAUGACAUUCUGACGCCGUACAAGGAUUAUUACAAAACGAAGAGAACACACAGACAUGUUCGUGAAUGCCAACCUAUUUUAUAUGGUAAUAGAACACACGAGACGCUUAAGAUUCUGAGCCGCAUAAAACCGGGUCAACCUUUCGUCCAGGUGAAGAAUUUUUAUCACAGAUACACAAGAAAUAAUGUGGAAACGGACGUUGUCGGUCACGUUGUUUCUAUAGAAGAUCCUUUUCGGACGUUUUCGGUUCUUGAACCGAGGGAAGUCGGGGGUUGUAGCGAUCCUUACAAACGAGCUACUGUAGCAGAAUCUGCGAAACAGCGAAAAUGCUGGGUAGCUACAAAUGCAGGGUUUUUUAGAACUAAGGACGGCAAGUGUUACGGAAAUGUUUUCACUGAUGGAAGAAAAGUCCAGGAUUCUGGUGGAGUGCAAAAUGCAAAUUUCGGUAUUCGCAGAGAUGGUUCUAUACUUGUGGGGUACUUAUCCGAGGAGAUGGUUGAUGACAAAGAAAAUCCCUUUGUGCAGCUCGUAUCUGGUGUGAUUUGGAUACUGAGAAAUGGCAUGGUGUACAUAGAUGAAAGCAAAACUGCGGAAUGUCGCGACACUGAGGAAACAGGUUCUAUGGACUUGUUUGCCGAUGUUAUGUCCGCAAGAACAGCGUUGGGACACGACAUAGAAGGAAGGGUUAUGAUUGUUCAGAUUGAUGGAAAGACAAAUCACAGAGGGAUUGAUCUGUACAGCUUUGCUAGUCUUUUAUCGAAACUUGGUCUGGUGAAUGCAAUAAACCUUGACGGUGGAGGCUCAGCUACAAUGGUAGUGAACAACACACUGGUAAACUACCCUUCAGAUGAAUGUGGUCUUUUCACAUGCUCCAGAAAGGUAUCAACAGUUGUGUGUGCACACGAGCCUGACUGCAUACCUAAGGAUUGUAAUGGCCAUGGACAGUGUGUGAUGGGGGAGUGUCUUUGCGACAGUCAUUGGACUGGAGGCUCAUGCAAUGUAUUAAAAUGCAGACAACAUAACUGUUCUUCAAAUGGAAAUUGCACUACUGAAGAUGGUUGCUCAUGUUUUCCUGGUUGGAAAGGAGAGAAAUGUAAUGAAGGUUGUGCAUUAGGAUUCUUUGGAUUGAACUGCAGUAGAGAAUGCCUAUGUCAAAAUGGUGGAACAUGUGACCCAGUCGAUGGUCACUGUACCUGUACCCUUGGAUGGAUGGGAACAUUCUGUCAGCAGCGCUGUUUUCAUGGUAGUUAUGGACAGAAUUGUAUGAAGAUUUGCAAGUGCCCUGAUACAUGUAAUUGUGAUCCAGUAACUGGAGAGUGCUCUUCUGCAAGCAACCAUAGUAUGCUAAAUUCUACUCAAAGAUGGCUGCAUUGUGAAUUGGAUUUGAAGAUGAAGAGAGUUUCACCAAAGGAAACUGUGCUGCAAUCAAAUACUGAAAAAGGUGCAGUUACAGAAGAGGAAUUCAGUAAGUUCUUUGUAUGGUUUGUGGCAGUGAUCAGUCUCUGUGCCGUCAGCUUAUUAGCCAACCUAUUUCUGAUAUAUCUGGCCUGUAAUCAAGCUACAAAGAAAGCUGUCAGUUUUAAUGGCAACAGAAAACAUGAGCGUCUGCAUCUGUUCAAUGAUGAUGAUGAUGACGAAGAUACCUUGUAACAUACUGUUGAUGAUUUAAACUAGCUCAUUUGACAUGGAGAUAGAGGAAAGGAGACUGUUAAGCUAUUUUUUCACAGACCUCCCUUCCAAAAUAGAAGAUGAAAAUUAAAGUUUAUGUAAUAUUAAACUACACUGGAAAUUUUUACCAGCACCCUCUGUAAACCUUUAAAAUAUUACAGUCUGUAACGAUUUUUGUGGGGUGUAUGGGUUGUACCAAAUAUCUUGAAAAUAAGUAGUAAAUGAUUUGCACUGACUGGAGAUUUUUUUUGACGCACCAUUUUGAAUGUAUUUUUCCUUGUGGUUUUAAAAAGUAUUUUUAAAAAAAACAUUCCUAGGCCAGAGGUGGUAAUAGAAGUGACAAGUGAGUGAAGAGGGAGGCUACACCUUAUCCUCACUCACUGGUCUAAUUUGUCAUUUUGAUACCAGUUCCAUGCAUUUUCAGUCUCACCAGUCCAAUGGCCACUGAAACUCUCAAUCAUAAAAAUUUUGCAGUCACUCACUUGAAAUUAUGCUUGUUGCACAGGCUAAAUGUUAUAUAGAGAUGGUUUUAGCAAAGAAAGAUAAAAAAUUAAAGUUGUAAGAUAGUGAUAAGUACAAUGAUAUUUUUAUUUAAGUAUUGAGUUUUCUGAUAAUGAAAACUCUUGAACUUAGGUACUGUGUUGAAGACUUUUUAAGGCCUUCUACACCUUUUGUAGCCUGAUGUAAAAGAAAGUUUUUAUCUCAUUCUAAAAUUUUACAAUUUUUUGGGGAAGAAAAGUUUCCUCUCUUAUUUCUAGUUCAAAGGAGGAGAAAUUUAGAUUUUAAUAAAUAAAUUAUUAGUGUCAUUAAUUAGAUUGAAAUUAGUAAGUUUAAGGUUACAUAAAAUUGUUUAGUUAAGAUUACAUUGUAACAACAGAUUGACUUAUUCUAAGUUUGUUUUUAUUUAUAUUGUUUGUCAAACCUGAUGUAGAAAGUAAGGUUACUUGCAAUAAAUUAACUUUAUAAUCAAGGAAUAAUUGAUACUCACUUAAUGCCGCAAUGCAAAACACACCAAUCAAAGGAUAUUUAUAUUUAUUCAAAAGUAGACAUUGAUUAUGUGAGAGUUCUAAGUUUUGUAAUAAACAUGCAAACAUGA